AUGCACCCCAGAACCGGCUGCAGCUCUGGCUCUCGGAGCUCGAAAAGCCCUUUAAAGGCUCCUCAGAGCGAACUGCCGUGCGCUCCGGUCGAUGCCCAGGGAGUGGGUUCCGUUGGCAGGGAUUAUUUUAAACUGCUACCAUCAAUUCACACGACAUCCGACACCCGCAGCCCAGCCCGCGCCGUGCCCGCCAGAGGCGAAACAGUACAGGCCUCCGCUUUGGCCACGACCCUUGCCCUAGGGUCCUCCACUUCCAUCAAGGGCCCCCAAGCCACCGCCCUCCCCAGGUCCCUGCGGGCCCCGCAGCGACCUCCCCCGGCCCGGCCCACUCGGCCUUGCAGAAGUCAUAGAUUGACAAAUGUGAAGUUGCUGUUGAAAAGAUUAAGCUCUUUACUUCCUUUAAUUACAGAUUACGUCUACUUUGAGAACUCCUCCAGUAACCCGUACCUAAUCAGAAGGAUAGAAGAACUCAACAAGACUGCAACUGGCAACGUGGAAGCAAAAGUAGUGUGCUUUUAUAGACGACGAGAUAUUUCCAACACGCUUAUAAUGCUUGCAGACAAGCAUGCUAAAGAAAUUGAGGAAGAAUCGGAAACAACAAUUGAGGCAGACUUGACUGAUAAACAGAAGCAUCAGCUGAAACAUAGGGAGCUCUUUUUGUCACGCCAGUAUGAAUCUCUGCCUGCAACUCAUAUCAGGGGAAAAUGCAGUGUUGCCCUUCUGAAUGAGACAGAGUCAGUAUUGUCAUAUCUUGAUAAAGAGGACACCUUUUUCUACUCAUUGGUCUAUGACCCUUCAGUGAAAACACUGUUAGCUGACAAAGGUGAAAUCAGAGUGGGGCCUAGAUAUCAAGCAGACAUUCCAGAGAUGCUCUUAGAAGGAGAAUCAGAUGAGAGGGAACAGUCCAAAUUGGAAGUUAAAGUUUGGGAUCCAAAUAGCCCACUUACAGAUCGACAGAUUGACCAGUUUUUAGUUGUAGCACGUGCUGUGGGGACAUUCGCUCGAGCCCUUGAUUGCAGCAGCUCGGUGAGGCAGCCGAGUCUGCAUAUGAGCGCAGCUGCAGCGUCUCGGGAUAUCACCCUGUUUCAUGCUAUGGAUACGUUGUAUCGGCACAGCUAUGAUUUGAGCAGUGCGAUUAGUGUCUUAGUACCACUGGGAGGACCUGUUUUAUGCAGAGAUGAAAUGGAAGAGUGGUCAGCCUCUGAAGCUAGUUUAUUUGAAGAGGCACUGGAAAAAUACGGCAAAGACUUCAAUGACAUACGUCAAGACUUCCUCCCUUGGAAAUCAUUGACUAGCAUCAUUGAAUAUUAUUACAUGUGGAAAACUACUGACAGAUACGUGCAGCAGAAACGUCUAAAAGCAGCGGAAGCCGAGAGUAAACUGAAACAAGUAUAUAUCCCAACUUACAGCAAACCAAAUCCCAACCAAAUAUCUGCCAGCAAUGGCAAACCUGGUGCUGUGAAUGGAGCCGUGGGGACCACAUUCCAGCCACAGAAUCCCCUCGUAGGGCGAGCCUGUGAGAGCUGCUAUGCUACACAAUCUCAUCAGUGGUAUUCUUGGGGUCCACCUAAUAUGCAGUGUAGAUUGUGUGCAACCUGUUGGCUCUAUUGGAAAAAAUAUGGAGGCCUGAAAAUGCCCACCCAAUCGGAAGAAGAGAAGUUAUCUCCCAGCCCAACUACAGAGGACCCCCGUGUUAGGAGUCACAUGUCUCGCCAGGCCAUGCAGGGGAUGCCAGUCCGAAACACGGGGAGCCCAAAGUCUGCAGUGAAGACCCGCCAAGCUUUCUUCCUUCACACUACAUAUUUCACAAAAUUUGCUCGUCAGGUCUGCAAAAAUACCCUCCGUCUGCGGCAGGCAGCAAGACGGCCGUUUGUUCCUAUUAAUUAUGCUGCCAUUAGGGCAGAAUAUGCAGACAGACAUGCCGAGCUAUCUGGAAGUCCACUGAAAAGCAAAAGCACUAGGAAACCUUUGGCAUGUAUCAUUGGGUAUUUAGAGAUCCAUCCUUCGAAGAAACCUAAUGUAAUUCGAUCUACACCAAGCCUGCAAACCCCCACUACCAAGCGGAUGCUAACCACCCCGAAUCACACGUCUCUGAGCAUUUUGGGGAAAAGAAACUACAGUCAUCACAAUGGCCUGGAUGAACUCACAUGCUGCGUGUCGGACUGA